AAACACUUAUUUCGCUUACUCUGCUCUAUCCGCUCACCCGAAACAGUGGACAGACAGCAGGCAGGUAAGGAAAAGACCCCGAGGGAGCAUAUGGUGCAUGCUGAGCUUUAGUUAUGUGAGAGCAAGAAACACACACACACACAUCCUGAUGCUGGAGAUAGUACCAAAGCUAGUAACCAGCACCUCAUCUUGCCACACGACAAAGAUUGCUUCUGGCAGUCUCUGCCUUCCCCAAUUCUUCGUCUUCUCCUGUUUCCUGUGUGCAGCUCGAGUUUAUGGUCAGAGGCUGUUUUCCACUUGGUAGUUGCACUCCAUUCCUAUAGGAUAAUCCUUUCUUGUCAGAAGACACUAAUUUUGUGAAAUACCCGAGGCAGAUCUGUUGCUUCCUAUUGUUGAGAUCUGAAUGCAGUCAUGUACGUUUUACCUGCUGGGGAGAAGUAAUUGGUUGGAUGUUUUUUUUUUUUGUAUUUUUUUCUACUGGAAUGUUUCUGCUGUGUCUGCAUACAGACUAGCUCUGUAAAAUGUGAACAUGGGAAAGAGUCAGUCAGCCUUGAUCAAGCAUAAACACAUCUGCUGUAUUAUUUAGCUCACUGAAGGUGUUCUGGCACUCGACUGCAGUAAAUUCUAUUAAGGUCACUUUGGUAGAAGGACAGCUUCCUCUCUGCUCCUUCAGAGGAACUCCUCUCCUUACGCGCUCGCUAUUUUCAGGAUGAAGGCCUGCCAGCCACCGUCACAUGCCUCUGCUCUCCGAAACAGAGAGCGGGGUACUGCAGGAAAAUACGAGGUGUGGUAGGAGCAUAGUCAUACCUGCAGUAGCUAGAGCAUUUUGUGAUCUGAAUUCAGCAACAUGACUGACAGUUUGAUUGACACGAUUCCUCUUUGAGCUAUCCACUUCAAUCCAUUCUUGUCUUGGUUGUUGGCAGUAUUAGUUGGUUUUAUUCCAGGAAGUAAUAAACCAGCAGCUUCUAGUGCCUGCUGUCUGCUCGUGUUUUUCCUCCAUGCCCACAGCAAAGCCAGUUCUUUAUCUCCCUUUCUCUCUCUCUCUCUCUCUCUCUCUCCCUCUCUCUCUCUCCCAGCCUCUCUAUCUUUCCUACCCUCAUCCUCUCUUCACAGCACGCCUGCCUCUUUGGAUCCUGUGCUCCAGGCUCAUUAACCAAAUACUCAUUAAUUUAUGUGGUGCAAUUAGUAUCACAGACUCCAGCAUCAGGUUGAGGUGGUAGGGAGAGAAGAGAGCUGUAAAUGUGUCACACUAGAAACUGAGAAUAAACUGAAUAUGUAAAAUUUAUCUUUGCUGAAUAACAUCAUUUUCACAUCCGUUGCUUUCAUCAUCAUCACAGCCUUAUGCAUCCCAUUACUGUGCGUCUCUCAACAAUAUGCACAAGACAUAUUGUUGGCCUUCAUUGUGUCAAAUCUCCUGUCACUAACUCCCUAGUGCACAUCUGCUGUUUUGUGUGUAAUGCCGAAAUACCCCUGGCUUAAUGAACUUUGCAUCUGUCUUGUGCGCUUCUCCAUAUUCAUUUGACCUUGUCACAAAUUAGAUGCAAUCACAUGGAAAACCAAAAAAAAAAAAAAAAAAAAAGAGUUGCUUCUGGGCUGUCUCAAAUUGCUCUCACUACCCCUGCAAGUGUACCAACAAAUCCGCAUACAAAUACACAAUCUCUCUCUCUCUCUCUCCCUCUCUCUCUUUCCCUCUCUCUCUCUCACACACAUACAUUUUUCACUGUAUCCCCUCUGCAAUAGCCUGCUUGUUUCGUAGCUCUAAUUAAGUUAAAACAUCAAGGGAAUUGGUCGUGCCCCUCUUCGUGAAUGUGCAGUUUCACGGCUCAUAAAUCUGUCUUACACGGACCAAUAUAAUCUAAUUCAAUUAGGUUGUAUUUGUUUAGUGGCUGCUACGGUGCGUCAUUGGCACAAAGCCUAGAUGCACGGGCAGAUUAAGGAGGAGCCAGUAGCCCCGCCUCCUUACCUGCCCGCCUGCAGCAUCAGCAGCAGCAGCAGGAAUUCCCCUGUCACAUUAUACACACACUUGGAGUGAUUCUGUCUCUUGUGUGUGAACGCUAGCUGUUUUACACUGAACAGAGCAGGCUGAGUGAUAGCGCUCGACCCUGGUAAACAUAUCCCUUGUUCUCUUCUUUCUGUGCUGCUUGGGAAUGAAUGGAUGAAUAAUGCAGUGGUUGAAAUUUUUAGGAGGUUGUACAGGUGCAGAACCCUGAGGGCAGCAUGGACUUAUGGGAUGGGAUCUGUUUCAGGACAGCCAGGUGUUGGAUAUUUUACUUGUUCUGGGACAAAGGGGAGGAUGAACCAGCUUUCAGUUAGGUACCAGGGGCAAGCCAGUUUUGACACCAAUAUUCAGAGGUGAAACUCCAGCACGAAAUACUUAAAACACAAAAAAGCGUUGAUGUUGUAUAAAGCAGUAGUCUGUUACCCUGCCAGCAUUUCAUUGUGAAGGGCAAAGAAGACAUGGCUAAGCCUAAGCACUUAUGUUUGUAUUAGUGUAUUAACACAAAGCCCCAAAUACAGCUGGCCCGGUGAAAAUCACUGUCCUCUGUUGUGCACAAUCACAAAAAUCUUUGCUGUGCUGGGAUGCUGCCAAACACCUUUUGCUCUUUUAAUAACCUGAUGGUGUUUCACCUGAAGCAGAGCAGGGACAGGGUAGCACAUAACCUCAAAUCCCGUAUUAUCUCAGGACACACUUUCUCUCCAUUUUGCAGAAUACCGACCACUGAUUGGUCAGAUACAGAUUAGCAGACAUGCUAUAGUCGCGUGCCAUGGGUGGGAGGGAGGAGGUAAUACCUAGUGCUCACUCUCAGUCAGCUCAGUUUCUCUGUGCGUCGGAUGAGAGCACGCUGACGGCUGUUGCUGUGGUGAGAGAGACAGCAGGAUUUGUGGUGUUAUUUUUGUUGAGGCUAUGUGACAUUUAACGAUGUUAGAGAUGGGAUAACAUUUGUGGUUAGUUUAAUGCAAGUUGUUUAUUUCUGUGUUAUGCCAGUGCAGUUAUUAUUAGUUACACAGGAGUUGUUGUUUUGCACUGAGUAAACUAUUUGAUUGUGGUUGCUUUGUUUUUUUUUUUUUUUAUAGGGUGAUGUUUUUUUCUUGUAGGUUAUAACCAAAAAGACUUAAGCAAGAGUAAAGUUUUUACCUUUUAUCUGAAGAGAUUUAUGACAUUAUUUAAUUGUUCUAGUGAAAGUGACAAAUCCACCAGGUUAAUCAAUCUUAUGAAUCUUAUGAUAGUUAUUGGACAGUUUUGGCAUGGAAGAGUCUGCCUGGAGCACUUUGCAAACUUAGCCUGUAAAAAUAUAUGCAAAUUGAUAAGAAGAAUUCACAGCAUUGCAACUUUUGAAAGGGAGUAGCUGCCGUGGAUUGGUGAUGUUUUAAGUUGCUCAGGUCUAGUGAAAAAGUAAAGUUGCUGUUGAGUUUAAGUGUUCACUUAUUUUUUUUCUUACUUGUCACUGUUUGUAGGAGUGUCUUUACACUCAUUGCCUGUUUAAUGCACUGCCUCUAUUGUAGAUGAGCUGUGGAGCCUGUCAGCAGCCAGCCGGUGGGCAGAGACAGUCUGGGGCUCAGGCUGGGUUUUAGAAAUAGACGAUUGCCCAGAUGGAGGACAGCACAAAGACACAGCCCGGGCAGACACAGAUUUAGAUCUGACUUGGUUAACCUGUGCACUCAUUAGUGUACUGGUGUGGGAGUUGUUGAAGUGUGAGAAAAUAUGUGUGAGUGAAUCCUGACAGAAGGAAUGUCACUCUUCUGAACGAGCGCUUUUAUACUGACUGUAGCUCAGCUUUCAUAUGAGCACCUUUUGGGCGGAGCGAGCCAUGGGAACUACCACAUUGCUGGAAUGUUUUGGUUGCUCCGGGCGAACACGCUCUCAGCCACGCCGUCUUCACUUUACCAGACCAUUCCAGCCAAUCCGCUGCUACCCUGAGACAGCGCCACCUCCUUGCCAAUUUCCUCGCAUCAAUGGUCACUCGAAAUCAGAGCGCACAGCGAGGGACUCAGCCAUGGGUUACGACAGCGCCUCAGUGAUGAGCAGCGAGCUGGAAUCCAGCUCCUUCGUCGACAGCGAGGAGGAUGAGGAUGCCAGCAGACUCAGUAGCUCCACAGAACAGAGUUCCUCCUCCCAGCUGAUGCGCAGACACAAAAGGCGUCGGCGGAGGCAUAAAGUGGCCAAAAUAGACCGGUCCUCGUCCUUCAGCAGUAUCACAGACUCCACCAUGAGCCUCAACAUCAUCACUGUCACGCUCAACAUGGAGAAAUACAACUUCCUGGGUAUCAGUAUUGUUGGUCAGAGUAAUGACCGGGGAGAUGGAGGCAUCUAUAUUGGCUCUAUCAUGAAGGGAGGAGCUGUGGCUGCUGAUGGCAGAAUAGAGCCCGGGGACAUGCUCCUCCAGGUGAAUGAUGUGAACUUUGAGAACAUGAGCAACGAUGACGCAGUGAGGAUCCUCAGAGAGAUCGUGUCCAAAACUGGUCCUAUUAGUCUUACAGUUGCCAAGUGCUGGGACCCGUCCCCACGAAGCUACUUCACCAUCCCUCGUGCUGAGCCCGUGAGGCCUAUUGACCCUGCAGCCUGGAUCUCCCACACCACCGCUCUGACAGGACCUUACCCGCACUACGAAUUCGAUGACCUGCCUCUGUCUGCGAGUAAGACAGACAUGGCAACCAUCGUCAAGGUGAUGCAACUUCCUGACUCCGGUCUAGAGAUUCGAGACAGGAUGUGGCUGAAGAUCACCAUCGCCAAUGCUGUUAUUGGUGCAGACGUGGUGGAUUGGCUGUACUCCAGAGUAGAGGGAUUCAAGGACCGGCGGGAUGCGCGGAAGUACGCGAGCAGUCUACUGAAGCAUGGCUACCUGCGACACACCGUCAACAAAAUCACCUUCUCUGAGCAGUGCUACUACACCUUCGGGGACCUGUGCCAAAACAUGGCAUCGCUCAACCUGAAUGAGGGCUCCAGUGGUGGAGGCUCCGAGCAGGACACUCUGGCACCGCUCCCUCCCACCAGCAACCCCUGGCCCCUGGGCGGGCAGCCAUUCCCUUACCCCCCUUUUCCCUCUGCACCCCCCAGCUUCCCGCCAGGAUAUUCAGACCCGUGCCACAGUUUCCACAGCGGGAGCGCAGGCAGCCAGCACAGCGAGGGAAGCCGAAGCAGUGGAUCCAACCCUAGCGCAGGGAAAGGCAGACGCUCCUCCCCGCAGGAGAAGGGCCACAGGUCGACAUGCAGCGAAUCAGAGCCAGGCGUCCGUGGAGGGAGGCGCGGUGAUCGGUCUGCCAGCCAGAUGAGCCAUCACAGCCAUGCUCUCUCCAGUCACAGCCAUGCCCGGUCAAGUUUCAGUCACACUCAGUCUCACAGGAGCCACUCCCUCUCACAGAACAGCCAUGCCUCCUUCACCUACAACCACGCCCCCUUCACCCAGCCGGGGCCUGGCUCCUGCGCCCACAGCGAGCGAAGCCAUGCCUCCUCUUAUGGCCCCCCAGGCCUGCCCCCUCCUUAUUGUCUGGCCCGUCUGGCCCCCAAGGCCUCAGUCAGCAGCAGCACGCCCCCCGGAGCCCCUCCUGGGAGAGAGCUAGCAGCCAUUCCCCCUGAGCUCACCGCCAGUCGCCAGUCCUUCCAGCACGCUAUGGGCAAUCCCUGUGAGUUCUUCGUUGACAUCAUGUGACAGGACAGUGCCUUUAAAACUCAUCGAGCAAAAAAACAAUCUCCCUGACCCACUCAGCCCCUUCUCUCUAUCCUCUCACUGCAAACCCCGUUUGCCGCUGACUGUCCCUGAGUUCAGAAUGUAAACACUGGCCCGCCACCCUCUGCUAUAACAACGGCCCCUCUGACGUCUAAGCAAAGGAAUAUGGCCAGCAAGAGCACAACAGGAGGGAGUCCUCUCACACACAAAAGCACGGGUCCUCUGUGGCUAAAAACCCUCUUUUGUAUUGACGUGACGUGUACAGUUUGUGAAAUGUGAGUGGUAUUCAAUGUGGUGAUCCUUGGAAGCUGCCACACAGACAUUCUCGGGAGUGUGUACUCUGCCCAGAAUAUUUUCUGUUCUGCGAGACCUUUAAGUUGGCUGGGCUUGGAUCUCAAUCCCCCAGGCCCAGGACUAGACCUAGCCCCACAGUCCAGACUGAGGACGUUUUCUCCGGGGCCAGGACUCAGACUCGAUCUCCUGGCUCAUCUCCUCUGCACACACACUGCUAAAAUUUGGCACAUUACACCAAACCUCUGGCCCUUACUGACCUGUUUUUCUGUAUGCUGUGGCAUCGCCUGUGGCAUAAGUAAGCUCUUACCUGCCAGCUAGUAAAUGCUAACCUUGAUCAGUUGACAGUCCUUGGAUUUCUUCAACUUCAUAAGGGAGGCCCUGUAGCCAGCCAUUAGUUUAACUAGGCUGUGUAUUGCAUGACUGUCUCAACUGCUUUAAAGGAGAGAAAUUUUAUAGAUGAAUUUUGUUUUAAGUAUUAAAACUUCGGGGUUGUUACCCCUUGCCAAUGUUCUAAAGGAAGAAUCCAUACACUGGAUGAUUUUUGUGAUGUUAUUUAUGUGAUCAUGUUACAUUGAUGGUGUCAUACUUUGUCCACUAUGGCUGACUGACAGACAAUCAGACAUCACCCUUUGUGAAUCAGUGGCCAGUUACCACUGUCCUAGCUGUGCUUUGUCGAAUGUAUCAUUAUUCCUGUCAGUUAUUGAACCCUGACACUCAUAACACUUUUGUUGUGAACAAAUUUAAUAUCCUAGUAAGCAAAUAAACUUGCAAACAGGAUUGCAAACAGUGGACGCCCACCACCGCUUUGAAAGAAAACCGACUGGGUAGAAUUGGGUUGACCAGACUGCUAAAAGCAUCAUGAGUGUCUCCUUUGUAGCGAGUGUGAUCUUAGAU